GAGACAAUAGGGAGUUCCCUGACAGGCUGCAACAAGUUGGCUACGUCACUUCCGCAAUCUGCGAGUGGCUUCGGGUCGCUUCCGGUCCUGAGUCACGGUGAAGCGAAGAAUGGCUCCGCCGGCAGAAUACAAAGCGGCUGCGGACGGGAUGGAGCAGAUGGAGAUGGACGAGUCCCGUGGAGGAACUGGUCUGCGUCAGUAUUACUUAUCCAAGAUUGAAGACCUGCAGCUCGUUGUCAAUGAUAAGAGUCAGAAUCUGAGGCGCCUGCAAGCGCAGAGGAAUGAACUGAACGCUAAAGUGCGGCUACUGAGAGAGGAGCUGCAGCUGCUUCAAGAGCAGGGAUCCUACGUAGGAGAAGUGGUCAGAGCUAUGGACAAGAAGAAAGUGUUGGUCAAGGUUCACCCGGAGGGGAAGUUUGUUGUGGAUGUUGAUAAGAAUAUUGACAUCAAUGAUGUUACACCAAACUGUCGAGUUGCUUUGCGCAAUGACAGUUACACACUACAUAAAAUUCUGCCCAACAAGGUGGACCCCUUAGUGUCUCUGAUGAUGGUGGAGAAAGUCCCAGACUCCACGUAUGAGAUGAUCGGUGGCUUGGAUAAACAAAUCAAGGAGAUCAAGGAGGUCAUUGAACUGCCCGUGAAACACCCAGAGCUCUUUGAAGCAUUGGGUAUAGCACAGCCCAAGGGUGUGUUGCUGUAUGGACCUCCAGGUACUGGAAAGACACUUCUGGCUCGUGCUGUGGCCCAUCACACAGACUGCACAUUUAUACGAGUGUCUGGCUCCGAACUGGUGCAGAAGUUCAUCGGAGAGGGUGCUCGUAUGGUGCGUGAACUCUUUGUUAUGGCUCGGGAACAUGCUCCCUCCAUUAUCUUUAUGGACGAAAUCGAUUCGAUUGGGUCGUCGCGGCUCGAGGGGGGCUCGGGAGGAGACAGCGAGGUCCAGCGCACAAUGCUUGAGCUGCUUAAUCAACUGGACGGAUUUGAGGCAACAAAGAACAUAAAGGUAAUCAUGGCAACUAACAGAAUUGAUAUAUUGGACUCUGCUCUGCUGCGCCCAGGUCGCAUUGACAGGAAGAUUGAGUUCCCACCUCCUAAUGAAGAGGCCCGUCUGGACAUUUUGAAGAUUCACUCAAGAAAAAUGAACUUGACGCGUGGGAUCAACCUGCGCAAAAUAGCAGAACUGAUGCCCGGGGCAUCAGGGGCUGAAGUGAAGGGGGUGUGCACAGAGGCGGGAAUGUAUGCUCUCCGUGAGAGGCGGGUUCACGUCACACAAGAGGACUUUGAAAUGGCUGUAGCAAAGGUGAUGCAGAAGGACAGUGAGAAGAACAUGUCCAUUAAGAAGCUGUGGAAGUGAUUUUUUUUGGUUCCCAUCCUGUGUUCUACAGUUUGCUUCCAGCUGAAGAUGUCAGUCUAUUAUAUGGGAGCAUGGCUCAUUAAACCCACAAGAUUCAACAGAAGAAUCAUCACCAACUCCUAUCAUCUACAGAUCUUCAAGCCCACGGCUUUCCAGUAGUUUUGGCUAACGGGAAUGCCACAACUAGGGAUGCACCGAAUCCAUUAAUUUGGAUUCGGCCAAAACCCUGAAUCCUUUGUGAAAGAUGCAGCCGAAUACCGAAAUUGCACAUGUAAAUUGGAAGUGGAAAACAUUUUUUUACUUCCUUGUUUUGUGACGUGAUUUCCCGCCCGACCCUAAUUUGCAUAUGCAAAUUAGGGUUUGGCCUGGGAGAAGGAUUCGACCGAAUCUGAAUCCUGCCGAAAAAACUAAUCCUGGAUUUGGCGCAUCCCUAGUAAUUUCCCUCCCCGCCCCUAAUUUGCAUAUGCAGAUUUGGUUCGGCCGAAUCCUGAAUUCAGUGCAUCCCUAGCCACAACUCAAUUAUUCUAGGAGGCCACACCGUCUGUAGAAAUUAGACGACUCCAUUGGGCAUUUAGUACGACGGGAUUUUUUUGUUUUGUAACUGAUGUGUAUGUUAUCUCGUAAAAAAAAUAAAUAAAU